GCGCCACAGGCCUUCUGCGCGAGCCCGAGUCGGAGUCGCUGUUGGGGGCGGCGUCUAUGGCGGGCUGAGGGCGCAGGCGCCGUGGCCCGCCGAGCUGGGUUCCAAGGCGGCUGGUGGCGGCAGCGUCUCCGUUUCCGUGUGGGCGACCGCGCGGCCCUGGUUAGUCUGUAGAGAAUGCCAAAUGAGGGAAUCCCCCACUCAAGUCAAACUCAGGAGCAAGACUGUUUACAGAGUCAGCCUGUCAGUAAUAAUGAAGAAAUGGCAAUCAAGCAAGAAAGUAGUGGUGAUGGGGAGAUGGAGGAAUACCUGCACUCUCAUUCCGUGGGUGAUGGGCUGUUCUCCACUGCCGAGGGGUGCGCAUCAGCAGCUCCAAGGAGAGGGCCAGCCUUGCUGCACAUCGACCGACAUCAGAUCCAGGCGGUGGAGCCUAGCGCCCAGGCCCUUGAGCUGCAGGGUUUGGGUGUGGACGUCUAUGACCAGGACGUGCUGGAACAGGGUGUGCUUCAGCAGGUGGACAACGCCAUCCAUGAGGCCAGCUGUGCCUCCCAGCUCGCUGAUGCGGAAAAGGAGUAUCGGUCCGUCCUGGAUGACCUCACGUCAUGUACGACAUCCCUAAGGCAAAUUGAUAAAAUUAUUGAACAACUUAGCCCUCAAGCUGCCACCAGCAGAGACAUCAACAGGAAACUAGAUUCUGUGAAACGACAGAAGUAUAAUAAGGAACAACAGCUAAAAAAGAUCACUGCAAAACAAAAGCGUCUCCAGGCCAUCCUUGGAGGAGCAGAGGUGAAAGUUGAAUUAGAUCAUGCCAGCCUGGAGGAGGAGGAUGCAGAGCCGGGGCCAUCCAGUCUCGGCAGCAUGCUCAUGCCUGUCCAGGAGACUGCCUGGGAAGAGCUCAUUCGCACUGGCCAGAUGACACCUUUUGGUACCCAGAUUCCUCAGAAACAGGAGAAAAAGCCCAGAAAAAUCAUGCUCAAUGAAGCAUCAGGCUUCGAAAAGUAUUUGGCAGAUCAAGCAAAACUGUCUUUUGAAAGGAAGAAGCAAGCUUGUAAUAAAAGAGCAGCUAGAAAAGCUCCAGCUCCAGUCAUGUCUCCAGCCCCAAUGCAAAAUAAAAACAAAGCAAACAAGAAAACCAAAGUUCUGUCGAAAAAAGAGGAGCGUUUGAAAAAGCACAUCAAGAAACUCCAGAAGAGGGCUCUGCAGUUCCAGGGGAAGGUGGGAUUGCCAAAGACAAGGAGACCUUGGGAGUCAGACAUGAGGCCACAGGCAGAGGGAGACUCUGGGGGUGAAGAGUCUGAGUACUUCCCCACAGAGGAGGAGGAAGAGGAGGAGGAAGAUGAUGAGGUGGAGGGGGUGGAGGCGGACCUGUCUGGAGAUGGUACUGACUAUGAACUGAAGCCUCUGCCUAAGGGCCGGAAACGGCAGAAGAAAGUCCCAGUGCAGGAGAUUGAUGAUGACUUUUUCCCAAGUUCUGGAGAAGAAGCUGAAGCUUCUCCUGUAGGAGGAGGAGGAGGAGGAGGGCGGAAAGUAGGGAGAUAUCGAGAUGAUGGAGAUGAAGAUUAUUACAAGCAGCGGUUAAGAAGAUGGAAUAAACUGAGACUACAGGACAAAGAGAAGCGUCUGAAGCUGGAGGACGACUCGGGGGAAAGCGACGCGGAAUUUGAUGAAGGCUUUAAAGUGCCAGGUUUUCUGUUCAAAAAGCUUUUUAAGUACCAGCAGACAGGUGUUAGGUGGCUGUGGGAAUUGCACUGCCAGCAGGCAGGAGGAAUUCUGGGAGACGAAAUGGGAUUGGGCAAGACCAUCCAGAUAAUUGCCUUCUUGGCAGGUCUGAGCUACAGCAAGAUCAGGACUCGUGGUUCAAAUUACAGGUUUGAGGGGCUGGGUCCAACUGUAAUUGUCUGUCCAACAACAGUGAUGCAUCAGUGGGUGAAGGAAUUUCACACGUGGUGGCCUCCAUUCAGAGUGGCAAUUCUACAUGAAACUGGUUCCUAUACCCACAAAAAGGAGAAACUAAUUCGAGAUGUUGCUCAUUGUCAUGGAAUUUUGAUCACAUCUUACUCCUACAUUCGACUGAUGCAGGAUGACAUUAGCAGGUAUGACUGGCACUAUGUGAUCUUGGAUGAAGGACACAAAAUUCGAAAUCCAAAUGCUGCUGUCACCCUUGCUUGCAAACAGUUUCGUACUCCUCAUCGGAUCAUCUUGUCUGGCUCACCAUUGCAAAAUAACCUCCGAGAGUUGUGGUCGCUCUUCGACUUCAUCUUCCCGGGAAAGUUAGGCACGUUGCCUGUGUUUUUGGAGCAGUUCUCCAUCCCCAUCACCAUGGGGGGAUAUUCAAAUGCUUCCCCAGUACAGGUCAAAACUGCUUACAAGUGUGCAUGUGUCUUACGAGAUACCAUAAAUCCAUACCUACUGCGGAGAAUGAAGUCAGAUGUCAAGAUGAGCCUUUCUUUGCCAGAUAAAAAUGAACAGGUCUUAUUUUGCCGUCUUACAGAUGAGCAGCAUAAAGUCUACCAAAAUUUCAUUGAUUCCAAAGAAGUUUACAGGAUUCUCAAUGGAGAGAUGCAGAUUUUCUCCGGACUUAUAGCCCUAAGAAAAAUUUGCAACCACCCUGAUCUCUUUUCUGGAGGUCCCAAGAAUCUCAAAGGUCUUCCUGAUGAUGAACUAGAAGAAGAUCAGUUUGGGUACUGGAAACGUUCCGGAAAAAUGAUUGUUGUUGAAUCUUUGUUGAAAAUAUGGCACAAGCAGGGUCAGCGAGUAUUGCUGUUUUCUCAGUCACGGCAGAUGCUGGACAUACUUGAAGUAUUCCUUAGAGCUCGAAAGUAUACCUAUCUCAAGAUGGAUGGUACCACUACAAUAGCUUCAAGACAGCCACUAAUUACAAGAUACAAUGAGGACAUGUCCAUAUUUGUGUUUCUUCUGACUACGCGGGUGGGAGGCUUAGGCGUCAACCUGACAGGGGCAAACAGAGUUGUCAUCUAUGACCCUGACUGGAACCCAAGCACCGACACACAGGCCCGGGAGCGAGCAUGGAGAAUAGGCCAGAAGAAGCAGGUGACUGUGUACAGGCUCCUGACUGCGGGCACCAUUGAAGAAAAGAUCUACCACCGACAAAUCUUCAAGCAGUUUUUGACAAAUAGAGUGCUAAAAGACCCAAAGCAAAGGCGGUUUUUCAAAUCCAAUGAUCUCUAUGAGCUGUUUACCCUGACUAGUCCUGAUGCGUCCCAGAGCACUGAAACAAGCGCUAUUUUUGCAGGAACUGGAUCAGAUGUUCAGACACCCAAAUGCCGUUUAAAAAGAAAGAUUCAACCAGCCUUUGGAGCAGACCAUGAUAUUCCAAAACACAAAAAGUUCCCUGCUUCUAACGUAGUUGUAAAUGAUGCCACAUCAUCUGAAGAGAAACCUAAGGCUAAAGGAGGUGAAGUAAAUGCAGUAACUUCUAGUCAAAGUGAUCCUUUGAAAGAUGACCCUCACACGAGUAGUAAUGUAACUAGCAAUGAUAGGCUUGGAGAAGAGACAAAUGCAGUGUCUGGACCAGAAGAGUCAUCAGUGAUUAGUGGAAAUGGGGAAUGUUCAAAUUCUUCAAGAACAGGCAACACUUCUAAGCUAUGUGGUAACGAAAGUAUCAAUGAAAAGUUGGGUGUUUCCUAUAAAAGAGAAAUACCCAGCCAGGCUCAAACAGAAUCUUUUUGGGAGAAUAAACAAAUGGAAAAUAAGUUUUAUAAGCACAAGUCAAAAACAAAACAUCAUAAUGCAGCAGAGGAAAAGACCCUGGAGAAACAUCUGAGACCAAAGCAAAAGUCUAAGAACUCUAAGCAUUGCAGAGAUGCCAAGUUUGAAGGAACUCGAAUUCCACACCUGGUGAAGAAAAGGCGGUAUCAGAAGCAGGACACUGAAAACAAGAGUGAGGCCAAGGAACAGAGCAAUGAUGAUUAUGUUUUGGAAAAGCUUUUCAAAAAAUCAGUUGGCGUGCACAGUGUCAUGAAGCAUGAUGCCAUCAUGGAUGGAGCCAGCCCAGAUUUCGUGCUGGUGGAGGCAGAAGCCAACCGAGUGGCUCAGGACGCCUUGAAAGCACUGAGGCUCUCUCGUCAGCGGUGUCUGGGAGCAGUGUCUGGUGUUCCCACCUGGACUGGCCACAGGGGGAUUUCUGGUGCACCAGCAGGAACAAAGAGUAGAUUUGGUAAGAAAAGGAAUUCUAACUUCUCUGUGCAGCAUCCUUCAUCAAAAUCUCCAGCAGAGAAAUGCCAGGAUGGCGUCAUGAAAAAGGAGGGAAAAGAUAAUGUCCCUGGGCAUUUUAGUGGAAGAGCAGAAGAUGCAGAGUCUUCAUCUGGGGCCCUCGCUUCGUCCUCACUUUUGGCUAAAAUGAGAGCUAGAAACCACCUGAUUCUGCCAGAACGUUUAGAAAGUGAAAGUGGGCACCUGCAGGAAGCUUCUGUGCCACUGCCCACCACAGAACACGAUGACCUUCUGGUGGAGAUGAGAAACUUCAUUGCUUUCCAGGCCCACACUGAUGGCCAGGCCAGCACUAGGGAGAUACUGCAGGAGUUCGAAUCCAAGUUAUCUGCAUCACAGUCUUGUGUCUUCCGAGAACUAUUGAGAAAUCUGUGCACUUUUCAUAGAACUUCUGGUGGUGAAGGAAUUUGGAAACUCAAGCCAGAAUACUGCUAAACAAUACUGCUUCCUAAACUUUCAAGUCACUUUUUCUAACAGCAUUUCUGAUUAUUAUUAUUAAUAAUCAUGCUUGACGGAAGUUAGCUGCACUUGAUGUUUGUUUGCAUGACGUCUACCUCAGAAUUAAAACUUUAAGGAAGAAGAAACUCUUCUCUGAAAGUUGAAAGUUUUAAUAAUGCUAACUAAAGGAGAAAAUACUUGGAUUAAUUUUUUUUUUGGCAUUCUGAAUUAUGUUAUAAAAUCAGGGACCUUACAGUUAUUCCUUUGAGCAUAUUUGUUCCUUUACCCAAAAAAUGUGAGGGAGCAUAAUUACAAGUUUGCAGAACAGAAAUCUCAGUAAUUUUUUUUUAUUGGUGCUAAAAACAGAUCUUACAUUCGGUCAAACCUGUUCAGUAAAUUAGUUCAUCAAUGUCUGAUAACAGCAUUAUUUUGAUGCAUAACCUUUAGAUGUUUAAACGUAUCAUUUGCCACCCAAAAAGGUCAGGUUUGUUAUCUGUUGUUUGUUAAUAAUAUUAAUUGUCUUGAAAAGAUCCUCUUUUCAAGGUACUGAUAAAUUGGUGGGUAUUUUUAUUAGUAAAGCAUGAAAUAGCAUGAUAAUAAAUGAUGAGACACGUAUUUGUGGAAAGUUUUAGGGUAUUCAGUUUAUCCUGGCUUUCCUUUAAGCAAAGGUCAACUUUUUCCUUCCUAGGCACAAAAUGUGUUAUCAUAAAAAAAAAUCAAUUAAAGCCAAAAAUAAGUACAUAAAAACCACACAUGUGCAUGCACACAAACAUCACUGCAGCCCACAGCAGACACAGCCAUCAUUACCAUGAAGUGACGCCACUCCAGGCCUCUCUGUCUACAGGCUAGCAGCCUGUCUUCUCCCCAGUUGCCUUCAUUGUGCGCCUGCCUUUGCAUUCCCUGCAACGGCUUUCCUGUUUCUGUGGUUUGGUUUCCAGCCAGGGCUGUUUGUUUCUCCCUACUGUUUAUGUGUUUGUGGUUCUGUGAUGGUGUUGCUUUGAUCCUCAGUUGAUUUUCUUACCCUUGUUUUUCUUGUUUGCUUCUCAGUAUGAUUUUAUCAUCUCAUCUUUGAAGUGUUGUUUUCUGAAAUGCAUUGUAUUUCUGGAAUUUCUUCUGUAACUGCCUCAGUGCAGUUUGUUUCUUGGGCUUGUGUUCUCUGGCCUGCUCUUUUUCCUCUCUCUUGUUUUUCUGUAGUAUGUCUGCCCCUCCUACCCUGCUGUUUCUUUGUAUCUCACUUAUGCUUAAUGUGGACAGCUGUGUCCAGAUCUGUCCGCUCAUCCCUGUGACUCAGAGAGGAGGGGUCUGGACAUGGGGAGGCUCACCAGACUGCAUGAGAAGACAUGGGUUUUGCUUUCUCUGCUCUAAUACUUUGCGUAAGCAAAGAAUCUCUUUCUUACAGAUGUCCUACAUGAUUCCCACCAGGAGUUUCUAGUUUUUGUUUUUUUUUUUUUAAUUAUUAUAGUUUAUUUCUUUAUUUUUAGUUUGGUUUAUAUGUAACGAGAGAAGAUGAUUACAUUGUUUUUGUCACUUUGCCAUCAUUGUUUAGAGGUCAUAGAAAGAAUUUUUAAACAGGCUGGUAAGUCGUAAACUUGAGUACUUGGCUUAGAAGGAAGUCAAAACUCCUUCCUUUUGUACUAAGUGGUUUGUUUCUGGGGAGCUCUUAAUUUCUAUUUUCGUAAUCAUUAGCCUAUAAGGAAAUUGUGUCUUCCUUGUUCUCAGGGUGACAUACUGACCUUGUUCACUCAUGUGAAGCAUUUGGGCAUCAUAUUUAUACUGUCUGAAGCAUAAACUGUGUUGAGCUAGACAGGGUAUAGCCUUCUCUUCAAGAAGCAGAUGCUGUCAACAGCUGUAAUGCAGGAAGAGCAAGAUGGUCCUUGUUCCAGUUCUUGUCUCGGUUCUGCUACCGAUGUACCAUGACCUUGGGUAGGUGGUGUCUCAGUGUGGAGAUCUGUACACAUUGCCAUUGUGCCUCCCAGGUGGAGGGACUUGGAGAACAAUGCUCUUAGUAGAAUGGCUUUAGUGAUACAGAGUAAUUUAUUCAUUUAGAUAAAAAUCUAAUUUUCGGAACUUUAAAAGCUUUGUACAUUGUAGACAGAUUUAAUGUGUGUAACAUGUUUUAUCAGCACAGAUAAAGGAUUUUAAAAUUUUGUCAAAAAUUAAAUAUGUUAAUACCAUCACUAUUAAAAAUGUUCAAGCAAUACUCUGCCUCUCCACCCCCACACUGUCUUGCUCUUGUUCCACAGUUAAGUACAGCCAUGUUUGGUGUUUACUCUUUAUGCAUUUACAGAAUCAUGUGACACAGACUGCUGCUAUAAUUUCAUUUUCUCAUUCUUCCUUUACUAAUAAAAUUUCUGAGAGUUUUAACUGGCUGCUCAGCUUAAGACCAUACUUCUCAGCCUCCUUUACAGUUAAUUGCAGCCACAUGACUAAGUUUUAAACUUGCCAGUUGGCCCCUUAAAUAAAGAAGCAAGGUAUGCACUCUCCUUGACAUUCUGCUUUCUUGCUGUCUGGGAGGCCAGUGGGAGCUUCAAUAGUGACCUGGCAUCUCAAGAGAUGGAAGUCAUGUGUUGAGGAAGGAGAAGUUGGCUUGCCAGUCUUGAACUGUUAUCCUUUGACCUGUUAUUUAAGAGUAAAAUAAAAUACUGACUUGCUUAAACUACUGUCUUUUGAAGUCUGUCUGUUACAGCAACUAGUUUGCUUUAUAGAUGUAAUUGAUAUUAAUGGGGUUAUAACAUUCUUAUUUUGCAACUAACUUUUCAUUUAAUAUUCUAUGCAAGACAUUUUUAUUCCUGUAAGUAUAGCUCUGCCUGCAUAGAAUUGUUGGAUUAAUGAUGUAGAUUUUAAAUGUCAGUGGAUGUGGCAGAAUUGCUUCCUUCAAUUAACCAUCCACAAAAGGACCCAUUCCUCCAAUCCUUGACAACAGUAAGUGGUAUCAGUAUUGGUAGGUUGUUUUGUUUUGUUUUAACCAAUCUCAUGAUUGAAAAUAUCUUGUUUUCACUUGAAUUUCCCUGAUUACUUAUAAAAUCAAAUAUUUCCAUAUUUAUUGGCCGUUUGUAGAUCUCUACCAUACAUUGCCUAUUUGUGUUAUACUUGCCUACUUUUCCUGUGGGUUUUUUAUCUUUUAGGAUUGCUCCCCUAAACAAAAAGGCAGUUAUUCCCGUGAUCAACAAAUACUCUUUUCUCCACCAGUUUGAAAUGUCAGCUUUCAACCCAUCACAUGCUAAGUUAUUUCUGACCAGUUGAUCCAGGUGUUUUUUCUACCAACCACAGUCUUCACACUGUCAUUUGUGCUUUGCAUUGUUUUGCUAUUCAUGGGCAAGCUCCCUUUCCUUUCUCCCCCUCUUCAGUGUCUAAUUCUUUUGUGUUUUCUGUUCCAGCUGAAUCAAGAAUUAGUUUAUUAAAUUCCAGUAAAAUUGUUGUGUUCUUUUGAAUAGGAUUGCAUUUGUUUACACAUUAAUUUGAGAAUAAUAGACUUCUUUAUAAUUAAUAUAAUGUUUCCCAUUAGUAUUGUGAUAGGCCUUAUUUUAUUAAAGUCUUUUAUAUUCUGGAUGAAAUUUUCAUAACUUUCUUCAUAAAUGUCUUGCACAUUGCAUAAUAGUCUUAUUCCUAGGUGUUUUUAUAGAUUUUUAGUUUUGGUUGUGAAUCUUUAACUUUUAUAUAAAAAUAUGGAGAAUUAGCAUAUUUAUGUGUGUCUACUUUGUGAUGUUUAUCAUAUGGAAGUUUUAAAAUAUAGUAAAUUCAGUCUUUC